AUGACAUCUUACAGUUCACAACUUGAGCAUCUUAUCAAUGAUCUUGGAGGAUGUGGACUCAUGCAAAAACUUUUAUGUGCAAUCAUACUUACUUCGAGCACCGUUAUAUACUGGAGCACACUCGCAAUGGCGUUUAUCGGCUACGAUCCUGGCUUUACCUGUCACACACUGAACGUGAAGCUUUCCUCACUUUCUGCAUUAAACCUUAGUAACCUAUCCGUCAACCGACUGUGCUCUAUUGGACCCAAUGCAAUGUGUAGUUCCUACAUAUUUCCACAGGACUUGAAUACAGUCGUAUCAGAGUGGAACCUUGUGUGUGACAGACGAUGGAUUGUUUCCUUUAUUACAUCGAUUCAGAUGGCAGGAUUUCUUGUUGGAUCGAUCACCGCUGGGCAGAUGGCGGAUUCGACUGGCCGCAAGACAACUAUGAUAGCAGGCAUUUCCACAGUGAUGCUCUUUAACUUUGCUGGACUUUUUGCUCAGUCUUGGGAGGCAUAUUCAUCUGUUCGUUUCUUUAUUGGUAUUGGAGCUGGACUUUUUUCUACUGUACAAUAUACGCAUAUGAUAGAAUUCGUACCAUCGCUAUGGCGGCCGUUGGUGGUGUGUAUCCCUGCCGGACCAGUCGUUGCUAUGCUUUUUGCACUCGUGGCAUGGUGGUUACAUGACUGGAAAAGAAUACAUCUGCUGAAGGCACUCCUUGGCUUAUUCUUUUUAAUUAUUCAAUGCUUUGUUCCCGAAAGUGUUAGAUGGUUGGUGUCAAAGUUGAAACUUGAACGUGCUGAAAGGGAAAUCAAGUUUGUGGCAAAGGUAAACGGAGUGCAUAAACCUGAUCUGAAGAAUAUAUUCGAGACGGCGGUACAAGAAAUAAAUACAACAUCGAACAGAAAUGCUGUGUACACUGUUGCCACACUAUGGACGUCAAAAGAGCUGAGAAAUGUGACUCUACCAUUGGCUUUACUGUGGUUUUCAGUAAACACUGCUUGGUACGGUAUGACUCUCGGAAUGGAGAGCAUUUCUGUUGAUAUCUAUCUGACAAUAUUCCUCAUUAAUUUAGUAGAUCUGCCUGCUAGAUCGCUUACCGGGCCUUUAAUAAACAGAUUUGGUAGAAGGAAGUAUUGUUAUGUCACAGCUGGUAUGUCCAGUAUACUAAGUUGUGUUUCCGGCAUUUUACAAUAUUUUGAUAAACUUUCACACAAUUCUGAGUCUCUCACAAUGGCCACAUUGGUGAUUUCCUUGCUGGCAAAAAUGACAGUUACCGCGGCAGACAUUUGCUUAAUUAUUUAUACAACGGAAUUGUAUCCUACAGUAGUUAGGACAAUAGGUUACAGUUUUCAAGCAACAGUUGGAAGACUUGGAGCGGUUGCGGUUCCAUUCCUCAUCCAUCUGGAUGGACUUUACCCCGGGACCAUGUAUUUUACCUGUGGAGUUUUGAUAUUUCUGUCGGCCGGCUGUAUCAUGCGAUUAAAGGAAACAAAGAAUAUGGUACUACAGGACAUCAUUUGCCUGGAUUCAUCCGAAGGUCACAUCCGAUGAUAUUUGAUGAUGUUUAGGACAUGUGUGGAAUGCGUUUUCUAAAGGCAGAAUUAUUAAAUAGGUGGUUCAUUCAGAAUAAAUGUUUGAUGAUUGACUAUAGCUACACGUAGAUUAAAGCAACAUGUUCAUAACUCUACUUUGCAUUUUUAACUAAAUUAUGCCC